UUGACAAAAAUACCAGGAAUUACUCUGUCCAACUCAGCGCUGAGUCUGGAGGGCCCAGCUGUUUCAGCUCAGCCAGCACUGGUCUCAGCACCUCCUGCUGGACGUGGGCCUGUGCCACCUCAAGCCCUUUAAACUCGGAUCCCUCAGCAGCUUUGGCUGCUGCCCUGUGAAGAGCAGGGAACUGGUGAAGCCCAGAGAGGGGAGGGGACCUGCCCCAGGUCACACAGGAAUUGGGCCUUGCCUCUCUCCAUCCAGGACAGUGGUUCCUACAGGGCUGUGGCCCAGCCCUCCUCCCUGUGGCUAGGACAUGACUGUCCUCCCCCGCUCCCCCCUCCUCCCCACUCCUAGUCCGGGUCUGGCUCUAUCCCAGGCCUGGGCACUGCAGGGCUGGGGGUGAGUGAGCAGGACAGUGGGUGGGCAGAGGUAGCAGCAAGAGCAGUGCCCUGUCCCUCUUGGCCUGCCAUAAACCAGCGAGAGGGCUGUGCCUAGGGCCACGAGGCCCUGGCACAGAGAGUGUUACAGCUGGGGCCCCUCCCAGUCUCCAGGGCACUGUCCCUUAGCAACAGUCCUGCUGGGUGCCAGUGUUGGGCAGAGAGGCCAUCCGGAGGACUCCAGGACAAAGGCCAGCUGCCCAGAGAUCAUGGAUGCUGUGGACGCCACUAUGGAGAAACUCCGGGCACAGUGUCUGUCCCGAGGGGCCUCGGGCAUCCAGGGUUUGGCCAAGUUUUUCCGCCGCCUGGACCGGGAUGGGAGCCGAUCCCUGGAUGCGGGGGAGCUCCAGCGGGGCCUGGCUGAGCUGGGGCUGGCGCUGGACACGGCGGAGGCGGAGGGUGUGUGCAGGCGCUGGGACCGCGAUGGCAGCGGGACGCUGGACCUGGAGGAGUUCCUGCGGGCGCUGCGGCCCCCCAUGUCCCAGGCCCGGGAGGCGGUCAUCACAGCUGCAUUUGCCAAGCUGGACCGCAGCGGGGAUGGCGUGGUGACGGUGGAUGACCUGAGGGGGGUGUACGGCGGCCGCGCUCACCCCAAGGUGCGGAGUGGGCAGUGGACGGAGGAAGAGGUGCUCCGCCGCUUCUUGGACAACUUCGACUCCUCUGAGAAGGAUGGGCAGGUCACGCUGGCCGAGUUCCAGGACUACUACAGCGGCGUGAGUGCCUCUGUGGAUACGGAUGAGGAGUUCGUGGCCAUGAUGACCAGUGCCUGGCGGCUGUGAGCAACAUGCACCCCCUCAGCUCACCCCACCAUAGCAUAGGACCCCCCCCCACCAAAACCCCUGAGCCAGGGACCGUCUCACCUGGGGUUUGAGCUGAGCAGCCCCCGGCUGGGGGAUGGAGGGGAGUGUGGGAGGCUGCAGAACUGGCUGGACUAGGUCUCCGAGGGCUGCUUGGCCACCAGGUGUUAAUGGGACAAACGUCCCAAUGAUGAGUCACUGGCUCAGGACCCCAGGGAGGAAGGCCCUCGCUGCCCACGCUGUGCUGACCCCAGGCCUCACCAGGUGCCACAGGUGCCCCGCACCCCAGAUGCCCUGCUCAGUGAACCCUGCCAGCAUCCCCUCCCUGCCCCACCCCCAUGGUUCCCCGGGAAGCCAGGCAGCACCUGGGUGGGGAAGCAAACGGCUCUUCUGUGAAGCGAGGCUCUGCACGGAGGUGGCCACUCUUGGAAGGCAGCUGAGCUCGGUCACCUGCCCGGGUGUGGAGCGUGGGGCAAAGGCCGCAGCCCACAGGCAGGCCAAGCUGCUGGAGGAACUGCGCCCGGAGGAGCGGAGGCCGUUCUGGGCCAGGUCAUCCGGCUUCCUGAGGCCCCUGGGGCACACAGGAGGCCAGCGUUUUAGUUAAAAGUUUUAAUGUAGUUCCCAAAUACAUUUCAUAUGACAAUCUUACAUAAAUGUUCCAAAACA